AAUGAUGGAAAAAAGGGCAGUCGAACCGCUCAUGUGUUUUAUGGACCAUCCUCCGAUACGACUCAAGGAAACGCCAUGCCCCUUUCUCUUCUCUCUCACUAAAAAUCCGUGUUCAUAGAUUUGGAGCGCUCUCUCUCUCUCUCUCUCUAGAAAUCCGCCUCCAUAGAUGUGGAGCUCUUUCUCUCUCUGUAAAUUGCGUUGCGUUCUUGGAACGCUCUUUCCCUCUAAAAACUGCGUUCAUAGUCUUAGAGCUCUCUCUCUCUCUCUCUAAAAAUUGCGAUCUUGGAGCGCGCUCCUCUCUCUCUCUAAAAAUUGCGUUUGUAGAGCGCUCUCUCUCAAAUUCAUUAUAAUUUCCUCUCUCCCUUUCUCAAAUUCACCUCAAUUUUCUUGUUAAUGGUUUUGUGGGAAAGUAUCUUGAGUUUGUGUUUGAGGCGGAGUGUUGGUGUAUAUAUAUCUCUUUGAUUAUAUGGUAUAUGUAUAUGUAGUAUUCUGAGUUUCUGACACAGGUACAUGCACCUAAAUUUUCUUCUCAAUUACUUUAUUCCAACGCGGUGGCCAUGAAUUUCCUUCUCGACCAUUUGAAUCCAACGCCGUAGAGAGAGAGGGGGAAAGGGGAAAGAGAGAGCUCCUCGACUUUCAUUCAUGGCUUCUCGGUUUCUCUCUGGGUCUAGAAGGAAAUGGGUGAUGACGGGUUCUCUUUUAUUGGGUGGUGGAGGAGCCAUUGCAGCUGCUUCUUCUUCAAACGAAAACAUCCCCCCCACUGUCAAGCUUUUCACUGCUGUCCCCUUCCGCCUCAUUCUCGAUGCCUUCACAGCUGCCACCAUUGCCUUUGAUUAUGAAUAUUCAUUAUGGGGGCUUCCAGAAGGAAGCCUGGAAAGGCUGAAAGUCAAACAUGAAGUUCACACUCGCUGUGCACGUAGACUGCGAGAUUUGUGUUUUCACAAUGGCGGAAUAUAUAUUAAGCUUGGGCAGCACAUCAGUCAACUGGAAUACGUGGUUCCUCAAGAAUAUGUACAGGUUAUGAGGACUUCAAUGCUUAACAAAUGUCCAAUUUCUUCAUACGAGCAAAUUUGUGCAGUAUUCAUGAAAGAGCUGGGAAGGCCACCUCACGAAGUCUUCAAGGAGUUUGAUCCGGUGCCUCUAGCAAGUGCUUCUCUUGCACAAGUCCAUGCUGCUCGAACUCAUGAUGGGAAAAAAGUUGCGGUGAAGAUUCAGCACACUCAUAUGACGGACACAGCUGCUGCAGAUUCUGCUACUGUUGGGUUAAUCGUCAAUUUUCUUCACUGGUGUUUCCCAUCAUUCGAUUACAGGUGGUUGAUUGAUGAAAUCCAUGACAGCGUACCAAAGGAGUUAGAUUUUUUGUAUGAGGCCAAGAAUAGCGAGAAGUGUUUGGAUAACUUUAAGAGGUUAUCUCCUCAUAUGGCAGACUACAUCUAUGCUCCAAAGAUAUACUGGAACUUGAGUACCUCUAAACUGUUGACCAUGGAAUUCAUGGAUGCUGCUGAAGUAACUGAUGUGAAUGCCAUUCGUAAGCAAGGAAUCCAGCCCACUGAAGUGGCAAAAUUGGUUAGUCAGGUAUUUGCGGAAAUGAUUUUUAAGCAUGGAUUUGUUCAUUGUGAUCCACAUGCCGCAAACAUGCUGGUUAGGCCAGCACCAUCAGGCAAAAGAAACAUCCUAGCAGGCAAGAAAAAACCACAACUAGUAUUGCUUGACCAUGGCUUAUAUAAGACUCUUGAUUUCCCCACAAGAUCAAACUAUGCGGCAUUAUGGAAGGCUCUUAUAUUUGCAGAUGUGAAAGGAAUAAAGGAAAAUAGUGUGAAGCUGGGUGCAGGGGAGGAUUUAUAUACUCUAUUUGCGGGCAUUCUUACAAUGAGGCCAUGGAAUAGAGUUGCUGAUCCAUCUGUGGAUCAUUUGAUGAUACAAGGCACAGAGAGUGAUCGUGAGGAACUCCAGAUGUAUGCUUCUCAGUAUUUCUCACAGAUCUCAGAGCUGUUAAGUAGACUGCCUCGUGUAAUAUUAUUGAUGCUGAAGACAAACGACUGCUUACGUGCUGUCAACAGUUCUUUGGGAGCUUCUCUUGACACAUUCUUAAUCAUUGGGAGGGUCUCGUCCGAGGCUAUCAUUGAGAUGAGGAUGCAACAAAAGAAAUCAUUAUGGUCAGGAUUGAGCAUCUUGGUUGAGGAAAUAAUUGUGGAGGCUCGCCUUCUCGGCCUGCAAGUGGCGGCUUGGCUCUUUCAACUUAGGAGGGUUUUGUGUGGCUGAAUGUCAAAACCAGGGUUACAUCUUCUUAUUGGUUAAAUCAUACUCUAAUUUAGAAGUUAACGGUAAUUCUUUGUCAGUUGAACUAAAUAAGCCUGCACAUCAUCUUACAGGUUUCUUGGAGUGUAUUAUCAUUUGCGAUGCCGAUUGGCAUAUCAUUCUUUUUGGAUGCACUACAAAAUACUUUUAUUGGUUUUACUUUCAUAACCCGUUAUGAAAUAGCAAUGUCAAUGGUUAUUAAUGAAAAGUUUUUACAACAAUUACAGAUCA